AUGGAUCGCCGCCAUCACUCCAUCCAGCUCAGUGCGGGUCCUGGCGAUGACGGCCUGAUGAGCUCCGAGCUGUACCUUGCCGUGUGCGGAGGCAAAAAGGAGGAAGCCAUGGCGCUGCUUCUGCAACUAAACUCUGGUAUACACCAGGUCAGCGCAGAGAGGAACAAUGUUUUUCAUUUAGCUGCAGAUCAAGGGCAUGACGAGCUGAUCCGGAAGCUCUACGCCAGCUUCGGGGACAAGAGCUUACUCUCUUCCCCCAACUCGGCUCUGGACACGCCGCUGCACUGUGCGGCGAGGGCUGGCCAUGAGAUGGCUGUGUCUCUCCUCGUCCAGCUCGCUAUGGACACUGGAGACCAGAGCAUCUUGUGCUGCAAGAACGAGGCUGGGGACACGGCCCUGCAUCUAGCAGCAAGGCUCGGCCAUGGCACAGCAGUUGAGGCUAUGGUCUCCACAGCGCCAGGGCUGGCCUCUGAGGUUAACAACGCCGGCUUGUCGCCGCUGUACUUGGCAGUGAUGAGCAAGUCGGCACCCGCCGUCAGGGCAAUAACGACCAGAUGCAGCGACGCGUCGGCUGCUGGUCCGAGCUCGCAGAAUGCUCUGCACGCUGCAGUCUUCCAGGGCUCAGAAAUGGUCAGCCUACUACUGGAUUGGAAGCCAUCUGGCCCAUCCCUGGCAAGCAAAGCUGAUGGCACUGGCAGCACUCCGCUCCAUUUCGCUUCGUCUGACGGUGACCGCUCCGUCGUAUGUGCCAUCCUGCGGGUCGCGCCGCACGCUGUGCGCAUGCGGGACUCAGGCGGCCUCUCCGCUCUCCACGUGGCGGCGGGAAUGGGCCAUGCCCAUGUGGCUGAGGCGCUGAUGAAGGCCUGCCCCGAUGCCGCCGAGCUCCGGGACGACCGCGGCGGGACCUUCUUGCACGCCGCUGCCAGGGGAGGCCACACCAGGGUCGUGUCGCUUGCCAUGAAGAAGCCGACGCCCCGCAGCCUCCUCAACACGCAUGAUGAGGAUGGCAAUACGCCGCUCCACCUCGCGGUGGCCGCAUGCGCGCCCAGCGCCGUGGAGGCCUUGAUGUGGCGUGGUGAAUUGUGUGCCGACGUCAUGAACAACGAAGGCCAGACGCCGUUGGAUCUCGCAGCUAGAUCGACCAGUUUCUUCUCCAUGUUGGCCUUGGUGGUGACGCUGGCCACGUUCGGAGCACAAUCUCGCCCUCAGAGGCGGGACCAUGUAGAGCAAUGGAGGGGCCGCGACAUAGCACAAGGGAUUGAGAAGAUGUCCGACAGCCUCGCAGUGGUCGGCGUGCUCAUCGCCACUGUGACCUUCACCGCCGCCAACAACGUGCCGGGUUCCUAUGAGCAAGCUGAUGACACGGCACCCGACAAGAGGGUCUUCAAGGGCAUGGCGGUGCUACAGGAGAAGAUCCUCUUCCAAUUCUUCCUGAUCCUUGACAGCUUUGCCCUGGUCACCUCCGUGCUCGCGGUGGUCCUUCUCGUCUUCGGGAAGGCGUCGCGCUCUGCGGGGUCGUGGAAGAGCUUCGCGGCGGCGCUGCACUGCAUAUGGGUGUCGCUGGUCAGCAUGUUCAUUGCCUUCUACGCAGCUCUCGCUGCAGUGACAAGCACGGAGGCGCUCUACCGCAUCAUCUACCACGUCAUAUACAUCGGCUUCGCCCUACUAUACGGCACGGUCGUAACUUUGAUCGUGCCGGUGUCGGCCUGCACACUUUGGAAGGCUCUCUGGUGCACCGUCGUGAAAGGAAGGCACAACGUCCUCGGGAGGCGUCUCAAGCAGCAGUAUCCAGUCGCCCGUGCUUACGCACCCCACCUGAUUCUUUUCAUGGCAACAAAUUACGUAGCGAUUGCCGGUUUCGUCGCAGUCUCUAUCUUGAGUGAACAAGCCGCCAGAGAGGCGAGGCAUCCUGGGGCACCUGCGCCGGCGCCUUCCUCUGCUCUCCUCUCCUAG